UGCAACAUUGCAUCAGAGCCAUCUGGAAGUGAUCAUCCACUACCGCACAGUCAAAAGAACGUUUUCUGUCCCAUUUCAACUGCGUUCUGUUUGGACUCAGUCCAGAUGUGUCCCCUGGUUGAUUUCAUGACAGUGCAGCAGAAACAGCUUACAGAAGAACAUCGGGACUAUUUGAUGUAUUUUUGUGGCCAAGUUUAUGCUUCCCCUUGUGGCUCAGACCCCGUCCAGAUAACAUGGAUGGAGAAGAAACUGAAUCUCCUCCUCGGUCUUCACAGGUCCAGGAACAUUGUCUUGCAUCUACAACUCCAUCUGGGAUGUCUGAGGGAGAAGUUACUGUGUUUCAGCUCGUCCCAGUGACUCCUGACUUGUCCAAGCUGGGGCAGCGCUCACUCAUCAAGCUCUACUGUCGAAACGGAGGACAUCAUCUGAGGAUUUUACCAGAUGGGACAGUGAAUGGUGGGACGCGAGAGAAUGACCCUUAUGAAACCUUGCGGCUGACGUCUGUGAGUGCAGGAAUGGUAGUCAUCAAAGGCGAGACGACAGGAAGGUAUCUGGCUAUGAACAAAAAUGGACUUCUCUAUGGAUCACAAACACUGAACGACGAGUGUUACUUCCUGGAGAAUUUCGAAGAGAACAACUACAACACGUAUCGCUCUCAGAAAUACUGCUGGUAUGUUGCCUUGAAGAGGAACGGUCAGCCCAAACUGGGACCGUCCACCCACUCGGGUCAGAAAGCCAUCCUUUUUCUGCCAAGGUCUACAAGCAACGUUUGAACCAAAACACAUAGAAGAUUGUAAUUCACAUUAUUCACUAGCUAUGUGAUGCUUGACGUUUCGUUAAAUAAAAUGACGCAAACACGUAAUGAUAGUUAGCUCUAUCUAGUUUGAUCGCCCACAGAAACGAGCUAAUGCCUGUAAGUAUGCACUUUUUUUCUAACUGCAAACAGAAAAGGCACAUGUUUGUGUUGGUAAAUGAGUGUUCACUUUGAACCUUGGUCUGAAAUUCCACCACUGAGGGAAAAAUGUUCAGCAUGCACAAAAAAGCCUUACAGUCGAUUGUGUCUGCAAACAAAACAAUUAAGAAGGAACAGCAAAAUGACUUUUUAAAUGUACUGCAGUGCAGAGGAAGAGGAUUUUAGAUAUUAAAGACAAACAAAUGUUAUUUUUGAGCUGUGAGGGGUCUGAGUGCAGACUUAGUGAGUUAUGUACGUUAAGAUUGGAAAGACACGGGAAAAGUGACAGAACAGGUUUCUUUUUCCCAGUUGUACACAAAUGUCCAAACACCUUACUUUAACAGCGUUUCACUACAACUGUAAAUAUUUAUAGAGUCGCUGCCAUUACAUUGUUUCUGCAAACUGUAACAAUGUUAUCAAGAUAAUUUACAGAUGCACACUGAUGGAUCAAAAACUUUAUUUGAUGAAUAAUAAAUAGUUUGUCUCUUG